AUGAAUGAAGAAGUCGAAGUGGAUGACAAUUUUCCUUUAUUUUCCCGGAAAAUCGCCCCAAAGAAACAACAUCCUGAUUCCCCCAAACGUAAUAACACCACUACCCAAAACCCUAGCCAACGCCCUUAUCUCCAAAAAGAAACAAACCCUAGCUCUACCCCAAACCAUCUCUCAUUCUCCGACAUUGGCCUCGCCGAAUGGGCCGUCAAUACCUGCAAAGAGCUUGGCAUGAAAAAGCCCACUCCGGUCCAAUGCCAUUGCAUUCCCCGAAUCCUUGCCGGCGAAGACGUCUUAGGGUUAGCACAGACUGGUAGUGGUAAAACGGCGGCCUUUGCACUGCCUAUACUGAACAAAAUAGCGGAAGAUCCUUAUGGGAUUUUUGCUUUGGUGGUGACUCCAACCCGUGAGCUCGCAUACCAGCUGUCCGAGCAGUUUCGUGCUCUCGGGUCGUGCUUGAAUUUGCGGUGUGCGGUUGUAGUGGGUGGGAUGGACAUGCUUAACCAGGCCCAGACGCUGAUGAAGAGGCCACAUGUUGUUAUAGCAACCCCUGGAAGGAUUAAGGUUCUCAUUGAAGCAAAUCCUGAUAUUCCUCCCGUGUUCUCCAAAACUAAGUUUUUAGUUUUGGAUGAAGCAGAUAGAGUUCUUGAUGUGGGCUUUGAAGAGGAGCUGAGAGUGGUGUUCCAGUGCUUGCCAAAGAAUCGGCAAACUUUAUUAUUUUCUGCAACAAUGACAAGCAACCUACAAACACUACUUGAGCUUUCUGCAAAUAAGGCAUACUUCUAUGAGGCAUAUGAAGGCUUCAAGACAGUUGAGUCUCUUAGACAGCAGUAUGUUUUUAUCCCCAAAAAUGUGAAGGAUGUUUAUUUGAUAUACAUUUUGACCAAAAUGGAAGAGAUGAAUAUUCGAUCUGCCAUCAUUUUUGUUUCCACAUGCAGGACAUGUCAUCUUCUAAGUUUAUUGCUGGAAGAGCUUGAUAUAGAAGCUGCAGCAUUGCAUUCAUUUAAAUCCCAAUCUUUAAGGCUCGCUGCACUGCAUCGAUUCAAAUCUGGACAGGCCCCUAUAUUGCUUGCAACUGAUGUUGCCAGUCGUGGUUUGGAUAUUCCUACGGUUGAUCUUGUAAUCAAUUAUGAUAUUCCGAGGUUUCCUAGGGACUACGUUCAUCGUGUUGGGCGUACUGCGAGAGCUGGCAGAAGUGGUCUGGCUGUGAGCUUUGUUACCCAGAACGAUGUAAUUCUUAUUCAUGAAAUAGAAGGUGUUCUUGGAAAACAGUUAGACAAGUUUGAAUGUAAAGAGAAUGAGGUGCUUGAUGACAUUACAAAGGUUUACAAGGCCAAACGCUUAGCAACCAUGAAGAUGAUGGAUGAUGGAUUUGAGGAGAAGGCAAAAGCAAGGAAAGCACAAAAGCUGAAGACAUUAGCAGAGAAAGGUUUACUUAAGAAAAGGAGUAAAAAGAGAAAAAGAGAUAAACCUGCCAUGUAGUGGGAGUUUGAAAACCCUUGCACACUGUUUAUACGUUAAUGUCUUUGUAAGCUGCAUUUGUGCAGCAGCUUGCGUUUCAGAUGUUUGGGUUAUAACUUGGACCUCUUAUAGCCGAGAAAUUUUGAGCUCAAUUAGUUGAGGCUAUGUUAGCAACUUCUUUUAUAGUUUGCAGAUUUCUGUUAAAACCUACUUUGCUAAUUCUACAAAGUAACUUAUUGAAGAUA